AGGCAAGAAGCUAGGCAUCCCCUGAUUGUGUGUGGUUCUCUUUUCCUUAUCCCUAGGCCAAAUCUUUAAACUCCUCUCUAUAUAUAAACAACAUGCAUUAUCCUCUUCACAAACUCCCUUAAAUUUUGUGUAACACACGAUCAUGUCAGAUAAAGAAGUAGUAGUAAAUGGGUUGUCUGAGGACCAAGCAGGGCAAGAACUGAAGCUUCCAGACUUGUUGAACAGUGAUGCUGUUAGAGAAAUCCAUGCUAAUAUCGAAAAAGAAUGGGAUUUUCUUCAAAGGUCAGCUUGCCAAACCGCUGCGGGAAGGGCUCUGUGGAAGCAUGCCAUCCAUGAUCCACUGGCUGACUUGCUGGCAGGGGAGACUUACUUGAGAAACCUCCAUGAAAAGAUCAAGAAAGACAUUCUCAACAAUGCUCGCGAAACUUCCGGAGUCAUUCUUGCCGUUCGAACCCUUUGGUUUGAUUCUAGACUAGAAGAUGCCCUUAAUUCCACUAAUGGCAAAGAAGCACAGGUUGUUCUCCUUGGUGCAGGAAUGGACACGAGGGCAUAUCGUUUGAGUUGCUUGAAGGACAGCGAUGUCUUUGAGGUUGACUUUCCACAAGUCUUGGAUGUAAAAACCACUAUUUUACAAGCGGCUAAGGACUCCUCAUACGACUCCCAGCAUAUUAUGUCCAAAGCCAAAUCCUUAACCAGAGUAGCAGCUGACAUAAGAGAAAGUGACUGGUUGGAAAAGCUAGAGAUUGCAGGGUACUUGCCUGAGAAGAGCACUGUUUGGAUUCUAGAAGGCAUUCUCUACUACCUCACUCAAUCCCAUGCCAUGCAAGUGCUAAGGAUUUUAGCUAACAAAUGCGCCCUAAUCCACACAGUCCUCUUAGCAGACUUCAUGAAUAAGCCAUCAACCACGCUAUCCAAUUCAGCAUUCCAAUUUUACAGCGAUUGGCCAGACCAACUCUUGCCAUCCAUUGGCUUCACUCAUGUAAAACUUUCACAAAUUGGAGACCCAGAUGCACAUUUUGGUCUCUUGAAUGAUCCGUUAAAUCUCUUCAACAAGCUCCGAAGCUUGCCUAGAUCGUUACAAACCAAUCCAGAUGAUGGAGCACCAUGCUGUCGAUUGUACUUGGUGGAAGCUUCUGGUUCACCUGAUCAAAAUGCUUCACAUAACGGGCCAAUCACUCAGACCUGAUUCGUAUAACCUGGUCUCCAAUUCACGUCUACUCAUGGUCUUGGCUAGAUGCAUCCUCAUUAAUUGUAUUGUACAAUAGCACAUGUAAAGUAGGUAUCACUGGUCUCCAAUUCACGUCUACUCAUAGUCUUGGCUAGAUGCAUCCUCAUUAAUUGUUGGCCCAUAGGAUGUCGCUCGUACAAUUUCUACACCGUCGGCAAAGUGCUGAAGGGGGCAAAUAGCUAUAAAUAACCUCAGGACCUAAAGUAAUUAUUUCAGCCUUUUUUCUCUUUCCAGUUCUCGAUGGAAGAAUUCAACUUUCUUCUGCACUAUAAUGAUGAAAAUAAUGCUGGUAAAUAAAUAAUGCAUUUAUUAAUAUCCUUAA